AUGUCAGUGGCUUUCACCAGCAUGUCAGAGGAGGUUGGAGUAGAUAAAUGGAAUCUGAUGUCCAGUGAUGACAGAUCCACACGGCAGAGGCAGAUCCCGGAGCUCAGUGUGGUGGACUAUGGCUGUCGCAUUGUGUCUGGAGCUGCUGUGUAUUAUUUUGUUGGCUGUCCUCCUAGCUUCAUGGCCCAAAGUGAGCAUCACUGGCUCCAAUUACAAAGCAGCUACAACGACCUCUUCGAAAGCAGAAAUCGGUUACAGGCACAAUACUUCAAUGUCAAUGUGGAGAGAAAUGCCCUGAAAAAUGAGAGAGACCAGGUGAAGACUGAUUACAACAACUUGAACAAACGGAUGGUGACGCUGCAGGAAGAUUAUAACACAGUGGUUGCACAACGUUUUAAUGAAACAGAAGCACCUUGCAUCCUGGGAUGGAUCUGGUACAACUUAAAGUGCUACUAUGUCUCUCCGAAAGGAAUGACCAAAACCUGGCAAGAUGCACAGAGGAACUGUGUUGAUCAAGGAGCUCACCUGGUGAUUAUAUCCUCCCAACAAGAGCAGGACUUUGUCACCAGUUUCUAUGACAGAACCUGGAUUGGACUGAAUGACAAGGAGACGGAGAGCAAAUUCAAAUGGGUAGACGGGACUCCCCUGCAAGGGCAGCAAUUCUGGCAGUCAGGAGAGCCCAACGACAACGAGGGAGGUGAGGAUUGUGUGGAGGCAUCACGUAAUGGAGAUGGAUGGAAUGACUUGCCCUGUCGUUUGCGCUUUUCUUGGAUAUGUGAGCGCUCAUGAGCAGUAACAACUAGAGAGGCACUCAAAGAGCACAUACUUCCGCCAAGGUCCAAUAAACCCCUGAUAAAAUUUAUAAUGCAAUUACCAACACUUUUACUGUCUCAUUAAGUAAUGUUAAUAACCAUUUCAUAAGGGUUAUAAUAACCUUAUUACGUUAACUAUGGCUUAUUAAUUAAUUAAAAAGGCUUUAAUAUCAAAGCAUUACCAUUCGUUUCAAUGUUAUAUGAAAAUGUUUUUUUUAUGUCUAUCAUGUAAUUAAUACACUAAAAUAUAUAAAUGUGAGAUACUGAAAUACUUUAAUAAGCUUUGCACUGUUGCUUAAUAUUUGCUUCUGCUUUAACCAGUAGUA